GGCACCGGUCCCGGUGGGCAGAGAGGUGCAUCUAUCUGGGUCUGUCCCUGGCACUGAGCCAGGCCUGAGUCACGCUGCUCUCUCCCUUCCUCCUCUCGGCUCUUCUCAGCUCUUCUCCACUCAUCUCUGCACUGCAGCCAAGGGAGGCCCGCCCUGGUGCCGGCUGCUGCUUGUGGCCUUGGGCAAGCGUGGGUAGAGGGGCUAGGGGCCGCCUGUUGUGCCCCCACCCUCCCAGGGCCUCCCUCCCCCUCCACUGAGUCCUGCUUGGGUUAAUUAUAACUCUGACCUAAGUGCCCUGUGACGCCACGCCCAGCUGCCCUGCCGGGAGACCCAGCAACCAGGUCCAUGCCUCAGCUAUGCUCCUCCUGGAGGAGUCCCUAUCCCACCUGGGCCCCUCAGUGCUGCUGCUGCUGCAGCUGCUGUUGCCUCCUGCAUCUGCCUUCUUCCCCAACAUCUGGAGCCUCCUGGCUGCCCCUGGCUCCAUCACCCACCAGGACCUGACCGAGGAGGCAGCUCUCAAUGUUACCCUGCAGCUCUUCCUGGAGCAGCCACCCCCAGGGCGGCCUCCUCUUCAUCUUGAGGACUUCUUGGGCCGCACCCUCCUUGCUGAUGACCUCUUUGCCGCCUAUUUUGGACCCGGGUUUCCUUCCCGGCGGUUCCGAGCAGCCUUAGGGGAGGUAUCUCGUGCCAAUGCAGCCCAGGACUUCCUGCCGACUUCCAAGAAUGACCCUGACCUGCACUUUGAUGCUGAGCGGCUGGGCCAAGGGCACACACGCCUGGUGGGGGCUCUACGGGAGACCCUGGUGGCUGCCAGAGCCCUUGACCACACCCUGGCCCGCCAGCGCCUCGGGGCUGCACUUCAUGCCUUGCAGGAUUUCUAUAGUCACAGCAACUGGGUGGAACUGGGGAAGCAGCAGCCACACCCUCACCUCCUCUGGCCAAGGCGGGAGCUCGGGAGCCUGGCACAAGUGGGCGAUCCUACCUGCUCUGACUGCGAGGAGUUGAGCUGCCCCGAGAAUUUGCUGGGCUUCACACUCCUCACCUCUGGCUACUUUGGAACUCACCCCCCUAAACCUCCAGGGAAAUGUAGCCAUGGGGGCCAUUUUGAUCGGAGCAGCUCCCAGCCACCACGGGGAGGCAUCAACAAGGAUAGCACAUCCCCAGGCUUUUCCCCGCACCACAUGCUGCACCUCCAGGCUGCAAAACUGGCCCUUCUGGCCUCUAUCCAGGCCUUCAGCCUCCUGCGAAGCCGCCUGGGAGACAGCGGUUUCUCCAGGCUGCUGGACAUCUCUCCAGCCUCCAGCCUGAGCUUUGUCCUCGACACCACAGGCAGUAUGGGUGAGGAGAUCAACGCUGCCAAAAUCCAGGCUCGCCACAUUGUGGAGCAGCGGCGGGGCAGCCCCAUGGAGCCUGUCCACUAUGUCCUGGUGCCUUUCCAUGACCCAGGGUUUGGCCCCGUCUUUACAACCAGUGACCCUGACAGCUUCUGGCAACAACUCAAUGAGAUCCAAGCCUUGGGGGGUGGAGAUGAGCCUGAGAUGUGCCUGUCAGCUCUGGAGCUGGCCCUGCUGCACACACCUCCACUCUCAGACAUCUUUGUCUUCACUGAUGCCUCCCCGAAGGAUGCCUUUCUCACCAACCGAGUGGAAUCCCUGACUCAGGAGCGGCGCUGCAGAGUUACAUUCCUGGUGACAGAAGACCCAUCGAGGGUUCAGCACCGAGCUCGGCGUGAGGUCUUGUCCCCGCUGCGUUUUGAGCCAUAUGAAGCAGUGGCCCUGGCCUCAGGAGGAGAGGUGAUCUUUACCAAAGACCAGCACAUUAGGGAUGUGGCAGCCAUUGUUGGGGACAGCAUGGCUGACCUGGUGACACUUCCCCUGGAACCUCCUGUCGUGGUGCCUGGGAAGCCACUUGUGUUCAUUGUGGAUGGGCUGCUCCAGAGGCUCACAGUGCGAAUCCACGGGGAGGUCAGCAGUUUCUGCAUCAGGAACCCGGCAGGAGUCUGCCAGGGCCAGGAGGAAGGCGAAGGGCCUCUGGGUCACACUCGCCGCUUUGGGCAGUUCUGGAUGGUGACCAUGAAUGACCCCCUGCAGAAAGGGACCUGGGAGAUCCAGGUCACAGCCAAGGGCACUCCAAGGGUGAGAGUGCAAGCCCAGACCUCCCUGGACUUCCUCUUCUACUUUGGGAUCCCUGUGGAGGAAGGACCCCACCCUGGCCUCUACCCCCUGACUCAGCCAGUUGCAGGUCUCCAGACCCAGCUGCUGGUAGAAGUGACAGGGCUAGGCUCCAGAGGCGAAUCUGGAGAUCCUUUGCCGCAUUUCUCCCACGUCGUCCUUCGAGGAGUCCCCAAGGGUGCCGAGCUGGGCCGGGUGCCUUUGGAGCCCAUGGGACCCUGGGAGCGAGGUCUCCUGGCUGCCUCGCUAUCGCCCACACUUCUGUCCACCGCGGGACCAUUUUCCCUGGAGCUGAUUGGCCAGGACGGAGGGGGACAGGGCCUGCACCGGGCGGCCCCCCAGCCCUGCUCUGUGGUCCCUGUCCUUCUGGAGCUCAGUGGCCCCCCGGGUUUCCUGGCCCCAGGCACCAAGGCCCCGCUCGGCCUCCACAUCGCCAGCUUCUCGGGCCCUCAGGAUCUCGAUCUCAGGGCAUCUGUCAACCCCAGCUUCGCUCUCACCUCCAACCUUUCCAGGGUUCUCCUAGAACACAAUGAGUCCGCCUGGGGGCGCCUGUGGCUGGAGGUCCCAGACUCAGCCACCCCGGACUCCGUGGUGGUGGUGACUGUGACUGCGAUGGGUCGAGAAGCCAGCUCAGUGCCCCCGACCCACGCCUUCCUCCGGCUCCUGGUGCUGGCCCCUGCCCCUCAGGACCAGCUCGCUGCCCCUGCCCACUCGUCUGGCCCCGUCCUCACCACGGCCAGCCCUGGCUUUCAUCCCUCCACUUUGGUGACUCGGGGCAUAGCUGGAGGAGGGCUGGCGGGCAACACCUGGUGGGGCACAGUUGGAGGGGUACUGCUCCUGCUAGGUCUGGCUUCCUGGUGACACAGCAGCCCCUAGGGGGAUGGGCCUCCAGCACUAUUUUCAAUCUUGCCGUGUUGGUGAGAAGAUAACAUGGGCCUCCAGACCCUAUCUCUCUCAGCUGGGAUGGAGGCUUUCCUUCUAAUGCACUUGUCCCUUUUCUUUCUUAGGGAGAUUGGGAUAGAGGGCAAUGGAUUUUCCCAGAAUGCACUUUCCCUAAUCCUUGUGAGAAUCAAACCAAAGACUCAUUUUUGGAGAAAGUUGCUAUUUCUCUGUAGCAUCUUGAUUCUACUACUUAUUCAUGCUCUCCCAAGCUCAGGGAGAGGGGAAGAUAAAUAGGGCAGAGACUAAGGUUGGGAGUGGGGUAGGAGGGUACCAGGAAGUGUUAUGUAUAGAACUAUUUUUAUUUGAAAUUCUGGAGAAGCUUCUAUUUUAUUUUUAUAUUUAAAUUUGAAGGACUGUUUCAAUAAACAUGUCUUCUCCCCA